UAGGCUGGUUUGUUGACUGACUUUAGGUUUCGGCUGUGCUGUAGUGUAUCUGCUACAGACAAACUAGGUUGCAAACCUCGUUAGAAUUAAAGCUAAAGCCGUUCACUUGAGCAUAUGUAAAUAAUACAGCUUGUGUCGUAGCUGUAUCCACAUGUUCUAGCACAAAAUGUUGACUGCCUGUUGAUGAAUUCUGUAUUACUGGACCAGUUUGUAACCGAGCACGACGUGGUUUUAGCCAACAUUAGCUUAAGUUACGUCCAAAGAUUGACAAGAUAGACGGCUCAAGUUCCUCCGGAGAGACAUGGGCAACGCAAGGCUGACCGUAGGUAGCUUAUGUAGCAGGUUGGCCAGCUACAUAGUUCCAGAUGGAUUUCGACCAUAAAUAAAUUGUUAUUUAUUCGGUCUGUUGUACUGAUAAUGAGGAACUGAACCAGCAGUAUCUGGCCGUAACUGUAAAACACUCAAUCGUCCUGGCAUCGUACCGCUGGCCUAGGAAGCUAGCAACAAGAUAGCUAACUGCACGUCUGACAUAACGUAUCUACUAAAGCUGUUGAUGGCCUUCCUGCCAACCAUGGACACAGCGACUGACACAUGCCCCACGGUGCACCAGAAUGGGACCGCCCAUCAGGACACGCCAGAUGCAAGCUCAGCCACUGCUGUUCUGAGGCUGCAUUAUUACCAUAGCAGUCAGGGAGCGGCCGGCUGCAGCUUUCUCAGCUACCCACCUGGGGACUAUGUGGCUGAGGAGCUGUGUAUAGAUGCAGCCAAGGCAUGCAGUAUAUCACCUUUGUACUUCAGGCUUUUUGGUCUCUUCCGAGAGCGAGACCGCUUGUGGUUUUCACCCAACCAUAUCUUCCAGCUUGAUGAAUCUGCUUCAGAAGAUGUGUUUUUCAGAAUUAGAUACUACUUUCCUGGCUGGUACAGUGGGGGUGCAUCCCGUGCAUAUCGAUACGGGGUCGCCAAGGGAUCAGAAAGCCCUGUUCUUGAUGACUUUGUAAUGUCAUACCUCUUCUUUCAAUGGAGGAAUGACUUUGUGAAUGGUUUGGUGAAAAUCCCCAGUUCCCAUGAGGCUCAAGAAGAGUGCCUUGGUAUGGCUGUACUCGACAUGACAAGGACAGCUAAGGAGAGAGACAUGUCGCCUCUGGACAUCUACCACACUAUAAGCUACAAGUCCUUCCUACCAAAAGACAUGAGAGCUCAGAUCCAAGACCGCAACUUCUUGACACGCAAGCGAAUUCGCUUUCGAUUCAAGCGUUUCAUCCAGCAGUUUAGUCAGUGUCGGACUACAGUGCGCGAUCUCAAGCUUAAGUACCUCAUCAGCAUAGAGUCUCUGGAGAAGGCUUUCUACACGGAGACCUUCCAGGUCAGGGACCCCUCCAGUGGGCAGCUCAUGAUCCUGGUGGCAGCGGACACUGGCAUCCAGUGGUGUAGAGAGAAAUUGAAAGAUUCUGAGCAGGAGCUGCAGACCUUGUGUGACUUUCCUGAUGUCGCUGACAUUAGCAUCAAACAGGUUAGCAAGGAGGGUGCUACAGAGAGUCGGGUGGUCACAGUCAACAAGCAAGAUGGCAAGAAUCUGGAGCUUGAGUUCCCCAAUCUAUCUGAAGCACUCUCUUUUGUGUCCCUCAUUGACGGCUACUAUCGUCUGACUACAGAUGCACAUCAUUACCUUUGUAAAGAAGUGGCACCUCCUAGGCUUGUGGAAGCCAUCUCGUCUCGUUGCUAUGGCCCCAUUUCAAUGGAGUUUGCCAUCAGCCGGCUUCAGAGGUGUGGAAACAAGCGGGGGCUGUACAUUGUGAGAUGUAGCCCUAAAGAUUUUAACAAGUAUUUUCUGACUUUCCCUGUUGAGGUGUAUGAUGCUGUAGAAUACAAGCACUGCCAGAUAACCAGGUCUGCCAGUGGGGAAUUUAACCUCAGCGGAACCAAAAGAAACUUCAGCAGCCUGCAGGAACUACUUAACUGUUACCAAAAAGAAACCGUGCGCUCUGACAGCAUCAUUUUCCAAUUCACCAAGUGCUGUCCACCUAAAUCCAAAGAAAAGUCCUGCCUGCUCGUGUGCAGGAGCAACAAGGGCUCAGAAGUGCCCCUGUCUCCGUCACUGCAGCGACACACCAUCAGUCAGAUGGUGUUUCACAAGAUCAGGAAAGAAGAUCUGGAAUUUAUGGAGAGUCUUGGUCAAGGGACAUUUACCAAGAUCUUCAAAGGAGUCCGUAAAGAGCUCGGAGACUAUGGACUUGUGCACAAAACAGAAGUUGUCAUGAAAGUGCUGGACCAGGCCCACAGGAAUUACUCUGAGUCUUUCUUUGAAGCUGCCAGCAUGAUGAGCCAAUUGUCCCAUAAACACCUGAUCCUUAACUAUGGUGUGUGUGUCUGCGGAGAGGAGAACAUCAUGGUGCAGGAGUAUGUCAAGUUUGGCUCACUGGACACCUACUUGAAGAAGAACAAGAACUCAAUAAACAUCCUGUGGAAGCUUGAAGUGGCAAAGCAGCUGGCCUGGGCCAUGAACUUCCUGGAGGAAAAGCACCUUGUUCAUGGGAAUGUGUGUGCAAAAAAUGUUCUUCUGAUCAGAGAGGAGGACCGGAGGACUGGGAACCCCCCCUUUAUAAAACUGAGUGAUCCUGGCAUCAGUAUCACUGUCCUUCCUAAAGAAAUCCUGAUUGAGAGGAUUCCUUGGGUGCCCCCUGAGUGCAUCGAGGAUACAGCCAACCUGAGUCUGGCUGCAGACAAGUGGAGCUUUGGUGCCACACUAUGGGAGAUCUGCAGUGGUGGGGAAAAACCUUUAGCAACACUGGACAACUCUAAGAAAACCCUGUUCUAUGAGGACCACCACCAGCUUCCUGCACCAAAAUGGACUGAACUGGCUAACCUGAUUACCAGCUGCAUGGACUAUGAGCCAACAUUCAGGCCCACGUUUCGUGCCGUCAUCCGUGACCUCCACAGCCUUUUCACCCCAGACUACGAGUUGAUCAUGGACAGUGACAUCCUGCCAAAUAGAACAGUGGGCUCUGCAUGGUCGACUGGGGGCUUUGAUAAUCAGGACCCAACUCAAUUUGAAGAAAGACACCUCAUAUUCUUACAGCAGCUGGGCAAGGGAAACUUUGGCAGUGUGGAGAUGUGUAGAUAUGACCCGCUUCAAGACAACACUGGAGAGGUUGUUGCUGUGAAGAAACUCCAGCACAGCACUGCAGAGCACAUACGAGACUUUGAGCGAGAGAUCGAGAUCCUGAAAUCUCUGCAGCAUGAGAACAUUGUCAAAUACAAAGGUGUUUGCUACAGUGCAGGGCGACGAAAUCUUUGUCUCGUCAUGGAAUAUCUGCCCUUUGGGAGUCUGCGAGAUUAUCUCAUGAAAAACAAGGAGAGGAUUGACAACAAGAAGCUUGUGCACUACAGUUCUCAGAUCUCCAAGGGUAUGGAGUAUUUAUCAAGUAAGCGGUAUAUUCACAGAGACCUGGCAACACGAAACAUCCUUGUAGAGAGUGAGCUGAGAGUAAAGAUUGGAGAUUUUGGACUCACCAAGGUUCUGCCUCAGGACAAAGAGUACUACAUGGUCAAAGAACCAGGAGAGAGUCCCAUAUUCUGGUACGCCCCCGAGUCACUGACUGAGAGCAAGUUUUCUGUGGCGUCAGAUGUGUGGAGCUUUGGAGUCGUGCUAUAUGAGCUCUUCACUCACAGUGAAAAGAACUGCAGCCCUCCUGCAGUUUUUAUGUCUAUGAUGGGGAACGACAAGCAGGGACAGUUGAUCGUCUAUCACCUCAUUGAGCUCCUGAAAUCAGGCAGCAGGCUGCCUCAGCCUCUGGGCUGUCCCACAGAGAUACAUGAGAUCAUGGAGGAGUGCUGGGACAAUGACCCUGACUUACGUCCUUCUUUCAAGGAGCUUGCCCUGCACAUCGACCUGUUCAGGGACAGUAAGGAAUUUUAAAAUCACCUCAAGUGCCCUGCUCCUCUUUAACCAAGAUGCUCUUAAUAUUGUUGCCCUGUUUGUGGCAAAGGGACAAAAGACCAAAAACAGGGGCCUUUUCUUGAUUAAUUCCAGUCUGUGACUGGAAGAGUGGAGGUUUGAAUCUAGGACUAGCAGAAAAACUACUGCCAAGGUGCCUUUAAACAAGGACUCCCAUUUUCUGUAAUGGAUCAGCUUUAUGGGCAGCAGAAGAAAAUAGAGGCUUGGAUGCAUCAACCUGCUGAAGGUGAUGGUCGGUCAGACAUUCUUUAACAUUUUAAAAGAAGUUUAUAGAGACUGUGAAUAAACUAUUGACAGGCCUAAAGCUAGAGAUGCUUGUGUAAAAUAACGUCACCAUGUUUGUGUGAACAUGUGUGUAUGUCUCAGUCUGUGUUGUGUCCAUCUGAACAAGCUAGCUGGGCUAGCUCUCACCACCCUUUUUCUCCCUCACAUGGACUAAUGGAGCUGUGUUUUCCAUGUAUGUGUGUAUAUACUUACAGUAAAUUUGUGUACAUAUCUCAAGAAAAAUUUUAUAAUUUUAUAGAAUGAAAAUAUAGUUAAGUACUAUAUUUGAACUUUAAGCAAGAUGACAGUAUAAAUGAAGUACAUAGAAAAGUGAUUUUAAAAAUCUGUUAUUGUUUCAUAUUGGUGUAAGAGAUGGUGUGAAAAUUAAAGAACAGUGUAAUUCUUUUGGUUCAGUUGCUGUGGAGCUCUGUGGUAUUUCCACACUAUGCGUUCCUGUGGAGCACCUAUAUACAAUAUAUCUAACACAGUACUUGAAGGAACUCCUAGUGUUCCUUGUCUUAAGCAACACUGACCUUUGAAGCAAAAGUUAGAAUGAGAAACACUACUUACGAUAUCCAUGAAGUUGACAAGUAGUGUGGCUCUCCCGUCAUGAAAAGCUCAGUCAUUUUACAACAGAAGAUGCAGAUUAAACCCACCAGCUUCAGGUUGAAGACGCACAUUGGUUUACAUUUGUCUUGCUGAAACACCUUGGUAUAUCAGUAUCCUUCCUCAUUCUAGGAAUGUUAUCCUGUAAGUCUGGCAUCAUUAAAAAGGUCCCCUUAGAGAGACUGACACGU